UUGCGAGACAAACCGCAGAGCUGUUCAGCUGUUGACUAGAGGAGGAAGUAAAGGGGGGUCAAGUUCAGUAGAUAGUCGUUUUUGGAGACAAUAACCAACAAAACAACUACCUUAAACACCCAUGAAGAACGUGAACAUCCACGCUUAAUAGAAAAAACAUUUGUCCACAGAAGCAGCUGAUAGACUGAUUAUUGCAAGAGUACAGCCAUGCCUACUUUGUCUGCACACACUGAUAUUGCCAGCUUGCCUGCUUCUCCAGUGGACAGCAGUCCCAGGAGGCUGUCCUGGGGCAAACUGGUGCAAAGACUGGCAGAUUUCAGCAGUAGUAUGGACUCCAAUAGUGGCAGCAGGAGUGAUCUGUCAGACUCAGGAUCUGACGUCUCUAGUGACCUGUUGGCCUUCAACGAGGACCUGUUUUAUGAUCCAAUGGAGGAGACCAUACUGAAAGAAGUAGUCGACCUCAUCGCACGAAGCCUGAGGGAAGCGAAAGACUCAGACUGCGCCUUAAGAUGCACCAAACUGCUCAUCCCCGAGAAACUUCUGGAGCACAUCGGCCAAGAGCUCCUUCACCUGGCAGCUAGUGAACCCUGCGGGUUACGUGGGGCUCUGAUCGACCUCUGCGUGGAGCAGGGGGACGUCUGUGAGAGCAUGGCCGAGCUCUCUGUGGACCCCUACCUUGUACCUACCUUUCAGCUGACACUGGUGUUGAGGCUGGAGUCCAGUGGGCUUUGGCCUAAAAUCCAAGGACUUUUUAGCACUAAAUCUGCUUCCACUCCCGUAGUGAGGCAAGCAAUUAAACUGAGCACUGGCUUUCGUGUUAUCAAGAAAAAACUGUACUGUUCUGAAGAUUUGCUCAUUGAAGAAUGUUAAGAUAUGCAAACGCACUUGCAUUAAUGGACCAAUAAUACUUAUUAUCUGUUUUAAAGUGUCCAAUUAAGCUCACAAAAGGGCCUUAUGAUAUUACCAUUAUUGUUUUUUUUUAUCAUAUGUGUACGUAUGAUGCCUUCUGAAGUGUAAGGAUAGACUUAGACAUGAUAUAUCCUGUUUGUUCCAGGUGUAAUGGAGCAGUUUAAGGUACGAGGAUGGUAUGUUUGUUAAAUAGGCAUUUGGAAAGAAAAGUACGUACCUCAGUUUCUAUGGAAACCAUACAAUGGCAGCUAGCUAUAUUGUAACAGUCAUUACAAAUCAUUUUCUUUUACUCAAGCAAUUAAUUGAAUUGUACACCCGUUGAACCAUUAGGGACCUUAGUGACGGCUUGAAAUUAAGAGCAAAUGCCGACCGCUGCUUGCAUCAUCCAGUGUUUGUGCAAGCUGCAGGCUUCAAGUCAAACGUAACUUUAUUCUGUAUCUGUGUAGAUCUGUCCUGUAUUUAUUUAUUUGAUAUUCAAAUACUCAUAACAUUGCACUUUUUGUACUUUCAUGAUUGCAAAUAAAUUAUUUUUUUAAUCAGU